AUGGACGAGCACCGAGGCGAGAUGGCCCGCUGGAUCGACACCCUCAUCGCCAAGGGGGUCAAAGAUCUCGUCUUUGUCAACCGCCCUUGGCCGAUUGUUCUGCGCCUCCCCGCCACGCUCUUCAGCUGCUCCACCCUCACCCGCCUCUACCUCGGCGUCUGGAGGCUCCCGGACACCGCCGCCGUGCCGCGCGGUGUCAGCUUCCCCAACCUCCGGGAGCUCGGCCUCUGCUGGAAUGUCAUGGAGGACCGUGACCUCGCCUUCAUGCUUGAAAGAAGCCCCGUCCUGGAGAUCCUGGUCAUCAUGGCCAGCCAGACCGGAGUGCGCGUUCGCCUCGUCAGCCGCAGCCUGCGCUGCGUUCAGCUCGGCCAUACCUUCUUGGAGAACAUCGAGGUGGUGGAUGCCCCUCUCCUAGAGAGGCUCUUCCAGUGGCAAACUGUCGCCGCGCAGGGUUGCCGCGUCAUGGCGAACCGCUCUUUCAGAAUCAAGAUUGGGCGUGCACCUAACCUGCGUGUCCUGGGAUACCUUAAGCCAGGAGAGCAAGAGUUGGUCGUCGUGUCUGGGAACAAGGAGAACAUUGUCCCUAGUGUACAGAUUUUGGCCAUGGAGGUGCCAUUCGGUGUCCGCAAUGCUAUCAAGAAAGUGCCAGGUUUUCUGCGCUGUUUCCCCAACCUGGAGACGCUCCAUGUCCAAGUAAAAUUUGUUAACUACAUACAUUCGCUGCAUUGGUAA